CGAACAUUCACGAUCUCUCUCGAGUCUCCGCACAUACUCCCCCAGCAUGCCUAUAAAGAUGUCGCAAUCUCUCCAUCCCUGGCAUAGAACGUCAUCCAAAGCACUCCACACCUAUCACAAACACUCGCAGACACGUUUGGUUUCCUUCUUAUUUUCGGACAAAACCGGUUCGCGAAAUGGCAUCAACUACAUUGGCAUGCCCUUGCUUGCCUUUCGUAUCGAACAAGGCCGGGGCCAGCCCGACGUCGUUAAGAAGAGUUGGGCCGUGCUCCGCCUUCUUUCCGUCCACAAGCAACGUGAGCAAGCACAAGAGUUUGGCCACGGUGAGGGCUCAGGCCGCCGGAGGAGAUAACAAAGACACGGCGGUCGACGUCCACACCAGCAGCCAAGGCAACCAACAGCAGGGGACCGCGGUUGAGCGGCAGCCCCGCGGGAUGGCCCUCGAUAUCUCUCCUUUCGGCUUAUUGGACCCCUUGUCUCCAAUGAGGACGAUGCGCCAAAUGCUGGACACGAUGGACCGAUUAUUCGAGGAUGCUAUGCCGUUUCCCGGAAGGAGCCAAUCGGCAUCUGAGAUAAGAGCACCUUGGGACAUCAAAGAUGAUGAAAACGAAAUCAAGAUGCGCUUUGACGUGCCUGGACUCUCCAAAGAAGACGUGAAGAUAUCUAUCGAGGACGAUGUCCUCGUUAUCAAAGGAGAACACAAGAAGGAAGGAGGCGGAGAUGAUUCUUGGUCAGGGAAGAGUUACAGUUCCUAUGACACUCGCCUUCGUCUCCCUGAUAAUUGCGAAAAGGAUAAGGUAAAAGCAGAGCUGAAGAAUGGAGUUCUCUUGAUUUCUGUUCCUAAGGCCAAAGUAGAGCGGAAGGUGAUUGAUGUUUCGAUUCAGUAAGAACUUGUGUUUGCGAUUGUUCGCACAAGGUUGCUUUUCUUUUUGGUUUCUCGGUUAGUCUCGUGGCAUCUUAGGCUUGGGAGUGAAGUCCUCUUUUAAUACUAUGUUUAAUUUACUAUGUGUAAAUAGUAUGUGAAAAAAUGAUAAGCCGCAAUCAUAUAAACUUUCUUGAACUGAA